CACAAUCAUAAACUAACAUCAUAUAUAUAUAUAUAAAACCCUGACUAUCAGGCGAAAAUCGAAACCCUAAACAACAUUCUCAAUUCAGGGUUACAUUUUCGGCCGCCUUCCACAGUUGAUUCUCAUUUUCUCCAAGAUUCAAUCAUGGCGGAUGUUGAAGGUGAUGUUGCGGUUGCUGGAGUGCCAAAGAAAAGAACGUUUAGGAAAUUCAGUUACAGAGGAAUCGAUCUCGAUGCUCUCCUGGAUUUGAACACUGAUGAAUUAGUCAAGCUUUUCCCUGCUCGUGUUCGUAGAAGGUUGUCGAGGGGUUUGAAGCGCAAGCCUAUGGCUCUCAUCAAGAAGCUUCGAAAAGCUAAACGUGAUGCUCCAGCUGGUGAGAAACCUGAGCCUGUUCGUACCCACCUCCGCAACAUGAUCAUUGUUCCUGAGAUGAUCGGAAGUGUUAUUGGUGUGUACAAUGGAAAAACCUUCAACCAGGUUGAAAUCAAGCCCGAAAUGAUUGGCCAUUACUUGGCUGAGUUCUCCAUCUCAUACAAGCCCGUGAAGCACGGUAGACCUGGUAUUGGUGCUACCCACUCUUCAAGGUUCAUCCCUCUAAAGUGAGAAUAUGUUGUCAAAAUCUCAGUUUAUAGAACUCCAAAUUAGGAUUUCGUGCGUCUUUUUUGCGAGCUUCUGACUCUUAAAAGGAUACUAUGGAUUUUUGUAGUUUCUUUUACCUGUUGGACGAUAUUUGUUAUUUUGCCAAUGAAGUACCGUUGAGCUUAUCUUGAUCAA